UAAACCCUCGCGCGCUUCACUACCCCUCUCCCGUUUCCUAGUUUUGCUCAAAGUUCUCCUUCGCGAGAUAACUGGUAAGGCAACGACGGGAUCGCGGUUUAGAGAGACAAGAAAUUCCUAUCUGUCUCCUCUUUCAGCUCUGUUACCACCGAAAGACUGGCCCUUACAUCCGCCGCACAAAUAAUUUGCAGCUUAGGCAAGAAUCCGGCGCUCUACAGAUUCCCGCCGGAGAAAGUAGAACGAAAAGGCGAUGGGAGCAGAGAAUUACCAAAUCGAUUUGGGAAGCCUUAUAGCCUGUGAUCCAAGUCACCACUUCCAGCCCCUCCCCUCGUCCAGGGAAGAACUGGAGAGGCAAUGUUUGGAAAAGGGAACAGAGCUCGUUCAAGAGAUUGUCAAUGUUCUUUUCAGUUUACCAGCGAGUGAGGAACUAGAUGGACCCAUUGUUCAAUUGCCCAAACCCACAACAAGGCUUCCCAGAGAGAAACAUUUACCCAAACCUAAACCUCCUACAAAAUGGGAAUUGUUUGCCAAGAUGAAAGGAAUUAAGAAACAUAAAAAGGACAAGCGUGUUUAUGAUGAACAAACUGGUACAUGGAAGCGUCGUUAUGGCUAUGAUCGAGUGAAUGAUGAUAGAGAUGUACCAAUUUUUGAAGCCAAAAUGACCGAUGAGCCAGGAGAGGAUCCUUUCGGCAAAAGGAAGAAUGAGAAAAAGAAACGGGUUGAAAAACAAGAGAAGAACCGGUUGCAGAAUCUCAAACAAGCUUUCAAAGCUGGUAAUUUGCCAAGUCAUAUCCAGCUUGCUGCAACAGCAUUACCCAUCACUGGAACUCAGAAUGUAAUACCAAAGAAAGCCAGUAAAGAAGAGCUUGAGGGCGUCGCCGGAAUGGCGGCGACAGCGACAGCAAGCGGCGGAAAAUUUGAUAAGAAGCUUCCUGGAGAGAAACCUGCCAAGCAUGCUGGAAAACAUCGAAAGUUUCUUCCUGUUGUGGAAGGAAGGGGUAUGGGAGCUCGAGAGAAAGAGCAAACAAAGAAAAUUCUCAACAAAUUGAUGGCUAAAAGCUCUCAUGACAUACUUGACGUUGACAGGGCUGUUACAAUGUUCAAUGUGAAGAAGGAGAAGCAGAGGAAAAGGGAUAAAGAAGUCAUAUCUUUAACAUCCAACAAGCUGAAGCCAAACAAGAAACCUUUCAAAAAGUCUUCCAACAAGAAACAAUAAGUGUCAAUUUAUUUCAUCCAUUAGCAUUCAGAAAAGUUUUGCAUGACAUUAUAAAUUUACAAUCUUGCCUUUUAUGCUAUCAACAUCAAAC